AAAAAUGAUCAGAUCAAUUUUACUUUUAGCUUUUGUUACACUCUCAUGUGUAUUAGCUGUUCCACAACUCCCAACCGAUCAACAAUAUUAUAUGAAAGGUACUUUUUCAAUUCCAUAUUUUAAUAUUACAGAACCAAUCGAAUUAAUUUACGAUGCUACCAACAACAGACAAUAUAUUAGUUAUUAUGAUGGUAUGGAUAUUACCAUUAACUUUUUCAAUCAAGAUAUUUCCUACACUAUUAGCCCAGUUAAAUAUGAAAUGACCUGUGUUUCAACUCAAGGUAAUGGUACUUUAGUUAACGUUUUACCAACUGAACCAUCACAAUGGGCCUACAACGGUACUUCAACCGUCAAUGGUGUUUCUGUUUACUCAUAUUUCCAAAAAAUCACCCAAUACGGUCGUACUGGUUAUUACACUUUCUACGUUGAUGCCAACGGUACUCCAGUUCAAUUCUACAUGAAUGGUGUUGAUUACGUCUUUGGCAGUCACCCAGAUAUUUACGUUUUAGAUUUCACCACCUACAGCACCGAUCUUUCACAAUACGAAAGCCUCUUCCAACUCCCAGCUCUUUGCAACAAUGCUGAAGAAGCUCCACUCCAAGAAGGUCAACUCUCAGGUGCAUUCGAAUCACUCGGUGACUCACUCAAAGUCAAAGAAUCCGAUCUCCAAGAAAAAUUCGUUGCCUUCAAAUCUGAAUACGAAAAAUCAUACGAAAACAAAGAAGAACACGAUAUGCGUUUCAAAAACUACAAAGUUGCCCACAACAAAAUCGUUUCACACAAUGCCAAAAACCUCUCAUACAAAUUAGGUUUCAACCACUAUGCUGAUUUAAGCGAUCACGAAUUCAACACCCUCAUCAAACCAAAAGUUGCCCGUCCAUCAAACAAUGGUGCUCACUCUGUCCACGAUGAUGAAGAUAUCUACACCAUCCCACAAUCAGUCGAUUGGAGAAACCAAAAAUGUGUUACCCCAGUUAAAGAUCAAGGUGUCUGUGGUUCAUGCUGGACUUUCGGUUCAACUGGUUCACUCGAAGGUACCAACUGUGUUACCAACGGUUAUUUAGUUUCACUCUCUGAACAACAAUUAGUCGAUUGUGCCUACUUAAUGGGUUCACAAGGUUGUAACGGUGGUUUCGCCGCUAGUGCUUUCCAAUAUAUCAUGGAUGCUGGUGGUAUUGCUACUGAAAGUGACUACCAAUACUUAAUGCAAAAUGCCUUAUGUAAAGAUAAAUCUACCACCUUCUCUGGUGUUGGUGUUUCAUCAUACGUUAACGUUACUGCUGGUUCAAUCAAUGCUUUAUUAAACGCUGUUGCCACCCAAGGUCCAGUUGCUAUUGCCAUUGAUGCUAGUGUUGAUGAUUUCAGAUAUUACCAAUCAGGUAUCUACAGCAAUCCAUCAUGUAAAAAUGGUCCAGAUGAUUUAGAUCACGAAGUCUUAGCCAUCGGUUAUGGUACAUUAAAUGGUGUUGAUUACUGGUUAGUCAAGAACUCAUGGUCCACCAACUGGGGUAUGGAAGGUUACUUCAUGCUCGAAAGAGCCAAUAACUUAUGUGGUCCAGCCAGUCAAGCCACCUAUCCAUUACCAACUACUAGCAAAUAAAUACACAGUAUUAUAGUAUAGUAAUAAAAAAACAAACAACAAAAUAAUAAUAUAUAACUAAACUUAAUUGUUAAUUAAAUUUUAAUAAUUAUUUUAAAACCU